UGCAACUUAUUUAUAAAUGACGAGACAUUCCAGUCCACAUUUUUAGAGUAGAAUGGACAUGUUAUACAGUAUAACUUGUAACACACUUCCCAAGAGAAAUGCAUAGCCGCCUCAUUGGGUUGUUCCCUUCAUAGUCUGUAACACUUACCCUCACAUGAGCCAUUUGAAGUAUACAAAUGGUAAGUCAUGCUAGAUUGAAAAAUGUUUAAGAUGGUUCAAAGCAUGUAAGCUAAGGAACAUAGUAUAAAUACAGAUAAAAACUUCAGGUUCAAAUCAAUUUGCCUCCUUAAGAAGUAAGUACUUUGGUUAAAUGUAGUAUAUGAAACAGGUAAAUUUCUGUCAUAUUUUCUCAAUUUAACUAAUGGAAAUUUAGAAAUCACAGUCUGUAAAUUACGCCUUUAUGUACUUUGAAGUGAUUUAUUAACUAAAAUUCACACAGAACAUUGAAAUUUAUUAUGUUCACUAAUGAUAUAUAUGCGUGAUUUUAAGGAUAGGGGUAGACUUAUGUCAUGAAUAGGACUAUUACACCGCAAAUCACAAUAAGCACUUGACACGUGUGCAAUAGAAUAGACCAAUAAUUUGAAUUAUUUGCUGAUGUUGUGGUAAUUACUUCUGUUCUCAUUCUGUUAUCAUGGAGCUGAACUUUGUCAUCUUAACUGCGUGAUUUUAAGGAUAGGAGUACACUUAUGUCAUGAAUAAGACUAUUAGACCACAAAUCGCAAUUAACACUUUACACAUGUGCAAUAGAAUAGACCGAUAAUUUGAAUUAUUUGCUGAUGUUGUGGUAAUUACUUCUGUUCUCAUUCUGUUAUCAUGGAUUUGAACUAUGUCAUCUUACUGCAGAUCCUUUAUACAUAAUACAUAGGUGUAGAUGCAUGUUUUGGCUUGUUUUACCAAAUUGAUCAGAAGUAGGUGGUAAAAUAUAUAUGCACCCGAAGUGUAUGUUCUGUAGCAACAGUUUGUUUAUAUGUGAUGAGAUAUUCGUCCACAACUUGAGGAGAAUGGAGGCAUUUUCCUAUUUUUGUUGCCUUUGCCUCUGUAAGUUUUAGUGAAGAAUACAAACACUUCUUCUAUGGCUUAGUGUUGUCAUGUUUGUCUGUUAAGUUUACCUUAUAAAUGUUAACUAAUAAUAUAAUAUAAGAUGCUUUCUAUGCGAAUCCUCAUUUCUGAAAAAAAAUCCAUGGUAUACUUGAAUACACCUGCAACCAAUGUUUGCAUGAACAUAAUAUUCUUGACAAUGAUAUAGUCACUCCAAAUAUGGAAUUUGGAUAAUUUUUAAAUAUAUAUAUAUACAUGGUGUGAGUAUGAGCGUUGAAGUUACUUUUUCUUUUUUAGAUAAUAAUGUGAUCUUUCAAGUUACAUAUCUUGUUAUUUUAAUUUAAAGAUUUUGUAAUUCGAUGGGUUUUGACAUUCUGAUGCAAUGAUAUUAUUAACAUUUGUUUAUGAUUUGAUUUGCAAUCAGAAUUAUAAGAGUAGUGUUGUUAGAUUUUGAAACUCAUGGUAGAUGUUCUUACAUUAUUCAUAAUUUUGUACUCUUAAAUGCUUUAAAUCUUAGUUGUGCAUUUGUCCUGGUUCAGCUGUCAAGGUUUGGAUACUGCUCUCAAUAUGUUUUCAUUUUUUCUUUCCAUAUAUGCUCUUUUUGUUCUAUAUGCUCUAGGUAUUAGGGUUUACCUUGGGUGGUUGCAUUCAUUUUGUUUUGUGUAAGGUUUAGAUAAAGAGAUUUUGAGAUUUUCCAAUAAUUACUUUUCCUGCUUUGUUUGAGCUUUUGGCUGCAGAGUCCUGUCAGAAUUUGAAUAGAUGAUGGAUCCGUUAUGCUAAUAAGAGUAACUAGUUUCUAAACCGUUCAUACUUCAUAUAUAUGGCUCUAGUUGUAUACUUUCUCACAUUUCUAUUCUAGUUUUCUAUCCAUUAAGCAGCCUUAUGUUGCUUAUUUUUGUUUCUCAAAUGAUUGAAGAUAUUGAAUAGGAAUAGUACAUAAAUGUGUUGUGACAGUUGAUAGAAAAUGUUGAUGACAGUUUCUAAAUCAUAACAAAAAAAGCAAUGAAGACUUUGUACAUGCUUGCUUUCAUAGGAAAAUUAUUCUGAAAUUGAGUCUGUUAGAUCUAUGUUGCAUCUCUUCAGACUUCACUCCACAAACUAGGAAGAUUCUGUUCAUCUUUGUUCAUCUUUUUUUACAGUAUUGUUUUGUUAUUCGUUUUCUGUCAAAGACCAAAGAAGAUAAGUAAGAAAUAUAACUAAAUGUAGCUUUAUUAUGUUGGAUUUUCCCUAAUUAAGUUAUUUAUUUUUAAUUAAAUAAAUAAGUGGUAAUUACCCACUAAGUGCACAUAGUGGUAAUUAUCCAUUAAUCAGAAAAUAGUCUUUAUUCUUUCCCUUAAAUUUAAUAACUGCCCAUUAUGAGUGAGUGGAGGAGCAGUUUUGUUUUGCACGUUCAGUAACUUCUUGAUGGCAGAAGUUAUAUAAAGGAGUGCAGUUCAUUUGUUUUGGUUUCCUAAGCCUAACAUCUCUAUUCAGAAGACUUACACCAUCAAAGUGAGAUUGUGAAAGGUUUAGAAGAGCCUCAACUUCUUCAAGCAGGAGCAAUGGCUGGAGCUAUGCAGCCUAUGAAUUUUUCUGAUUUUAAGUGUGAAAUUCCCGAACUAAGGGGUGAAAACUAUAAGGUGUGGAAGGAGAGAAUUCUUCUUCACUUAGGGUGGAUGGAUAUUGAUUAUGCUAUUCGGAAAGACGAACCACCUGCAGUUACCGAAGCUAGCCUUCAGGAAGAUGUUGAUCUUUAUGAAAUGUGGGAACGGUCUAACCGUCUCAGUGUGAUGUUCAUAAAGACCAACAUCUCUGCUAGUAUUCGUGGUUGUGUCGAUCAGCAUGAUAAUGUGCGAGCAUUGCUUAAGGCUAUUGAUGAACAAUUCAAAACAUCAGAUAAAGCACUUGCGAGCACCCUUAUAAUGAAGUUUUCAUCCAUGAAGCUUAUCACCGUGAAAGGUGUGCGUGAGCACAUCAUGCAAAUGAGGGACUUAGCAGCACAGCUAAAGACUCUUGAGGUUGAUAUGUCUGAUUCUUUUCUUGUGCACUACAUUCUGAACACUCUUCCACCUGAAUAUGGACCUUUCAAGAUUUCUUAUAACACACAUAAGGACAAAUGGUCAAUUAAUGAACUCCUGACCAUGUGUGUUCAAGAAGAAGGAAGGUUGACUAUGGAAAAAAGUGAGAGUGUUUUUGUUGCAACUGAAAGAAAGAAUAUGAAUCAAGCGAAACAUAAGGGGAAAGGCAAAAUACCACCUCAAGGUGGAAUUAAGAAAGAAUCCAAGUGUUUCUUUUGUAAAAAGAAGGGACACAUGAAGAAGGAUUGCCCCAAGUUUCAGAAAUGGCUUGAAAACAAAGGGUAUGACAAGCCUAAGGAAACCACUUCCAAGUGAGCAAGGCAUCUAUUCAGGAAGCAAGAUGCGUUCUCAUGUGGAGGCUGUUGGAACAUGCAAUUUAGUUUUAAGUAGUGGCUUUGUUUUAAAUUUGGAAAAGACAUUUUAUGUUCCUAGUUUUUCUCGAAAUUUA